AUCCCCUCUCCUCCCGACCACCCCCCGACUUCCCCGAUGACUCCCCUCUCCGGCCACCUCUGCUCCUCCUGACCAUCCUCCCACUCCCGUUUACCCCUGUCCCCGACCGACGCCUCUCCCCUGACGACUCCCCUCCCCCCGUCCACCUCUUCUCCGUCCGACUAUCCUUCCUCCCCUGACGACCCCCCCGACCAUCCUCCCUCCCCGACCACCUUCGCUCCCCUCCUCCCGACGAUUCCCCCUUUCCCUGCUGCCCUCUCCCACGGAUCGAUCCGCCCGGCCCCGCCCUCUGACCCUUUCCCGCCGAGGAACGGAUGCCCGGAGCUCUGGGCGGCCUCCCUUCCUCCCCUCCCCGGGAGGGCCCUCUCACUCGCUGUCGGGGGGGUCGUCCCCAGGAGAAUGCCGCCUUGUCCUGCCCGGACUCGAUGGGCCAUUUGUUCUGCUAGAAGAUCCCUCUUGAUAUGCCCGGCCGCUGCCCGGAGCUAGGAGAGAAUCCGGGACCGCUCUUCCUGCCACAGAACAGGAAAUCUGACCCUGUGGGAAUUCCCGGGGAUCGGGGAAUGAGGGUGUUGGGGGAGCCGGGCCGGAGAUCCCUCGGGGGCCGAUACGGAUCCCCGCACUACUGCUCUGUCCACCGCAAGCAGAACUCCCUGCCUGUGUCAUGCACUGCCUCUGCGCUCUGCAGUGCAGCAUGCAGAGACACACACACACACACACACACACACACACAAAUUCCGUCCACACAGUGCUCCGAUUACUCUGUCCAACCCUCAUUCGGUGUUCUUGGUCUCUCUGCAGUCAGUCCCCCCACCCGCCACGCUGUUGCCGAAUCAUUUCUGCACACCUGCUGGACUGCAAAUCUCCCAAAGGCAGGGUUUGUCCGUUUGGCUUCUGUGGCACUCUCCCGGGUGCUCACUUCGGUGCUCUGUACGCUGCAGGCAGCUAUGGAUGUGCUCGAUACGUGCUUUGAUUGGGCUAUUGAUUGAGCAAACACUGAAGCAUCGGACUCGUGGAAAGAACCGGUCUACCCGUCGGUGGUAUCUGAAAGGGAGAUGUCCGGGGCUGGGCCCCGGCGGCCGCCCCCGCACGGCGGAGGAAGAAGCUCACCAGGAGACCCGGUUACAUGAGAGCGGAUUUCCAGCCCCCAUCGGAGAGCCGACUUCCCGCCUCCCGGACCCCCUCCUCCUCCAGUUCCCCCGAGCGCGGCUGCCCUUUGCGGCCGGAGCCGGUGCCCCGGACUGGGCCCUGCCCCUGGGACUCGGGAUCCGGGCGCCGGACCUUACCCGAGGCCGACGGCCCCGACGGCCCCCCGCCCCCUAGCCCGGGGGGCGCCCGCUGGGCGCUGCAACUGGAACCGGAAGCCCGGCCGGAGGCCGGAGGCCCUGGGGCUGUGCGGCCCGGGGAGACCUCCUCCACCGGCCCCUGGGACGCCCCUGAGCCCCCACCCGCCACGCUGGGAGCCUCGGACUCCAGCUUCAGCUUCAUCCGCCAGGCGCUCCUGGCCGCGGAGGAGCGCGGGGAGGUGGAGGGCCGUGCAUCCCCCGGGGCCCGUGGGCCUAGCUUGGAGCGGGCCCGGCCGGGACUCCCGGGGCCCGCCCGUGGGCCCGAGCGGGGCGGGGACCCGGCCGGCCCACCCGCGGAGCCGGGUGGCGCGGCCCCACCCCGGCCUACCGACCCUGGGACUGCGGCCCCGGCCCCGGACGGAGGUGUCCGCCCGCCCCUGGGGCCCCUCCGUCUGGACUCCACAGCUCCGGGGCCCGCCAGGCCCCCAGAGACCCCGGGCCGGGGGAGCAGCGGCGAGUUGGCCGCCGAAGGCCGGGACCCGCUGACGCAGAAGGACGAGCCGGCCCCGCAGACCUGCCAGCACAGCAAGCGCGCUGCCCUGUGGGUGGGGACGCUCCUGGGGGCCCUGUGGGGGCGGCUGCGGGGGCGGCUGGAGGACGGCGCCGCUGCGAAGGACGACGGCUCCGCCACAGAGACACUGCGACAGGAGGCAGAAGAGGAAGAGGCAGAGGCCCUGCAGCUCCAGCCGGGAGCCAGAGUCUUCCCGGAGCCGGUUGGAGGCCAGCUGCGGGGUGUGACGUCCGGGGACGCUCACCUGGUGGACGGCGGCGGGCUCCGGCCUCUGCCCGGCAAGGGCUCCGGCCCCGGGUCUCCUGCCCCGGCCCAGCUCUCGGCCGCUGGCCUCUCCCGGCUCCUCCACCAAAGGCAGCGGGUGCAGCAGGAGAUGGUUGGUCUCCAGGCCAGGCUGCGCGUGUUGGAAGCCCAAGAGCAGCGACUGAGGCGAGCCAUCGCCGACCUCGGCUGGGAUCCGCAGCCGGGGCUCGGCCGGGCCGCGGGGGAGGUGCCGGUCCCGACUCGGGUGGCCCCAUUCGGCCCGGAGCCCCCAGGAAUCAAGGGCCCCCGCGAAAGAGACCAGACCGUCCACAGGCCCACCAGAGGGACGACCGCCAAGGUCCUCACCCACCAGGAGCUCUGCCGGGCAGCGAGGGAUGGCGAGGCAGCCCACCCAGGCCUGCGGGGUUACCAGGCGGAGGCCACGGCAGAAACCGGCGGGCAGGACAAUGCUGUGAAAUGCAUGAAGAAACCGGAGGAUAGCCUACAAAGCCUGGGAAGGCAGGUGCUACAGACGGUGCGGGAAGCCGAUCUGGAAGCCAGCCAGCUAUUGAUCCGGGAAUUCCAGCUGGCCGAGGGUUGCGCCGGCAACGCUGGGAGAGAGGAACGGGAAGAGGAGGAGGAGCAGGUGACCGCAGCUGCUCCAUUGAGGGCAGGUGGCAAUCUGCCUGAGGACCUCCCCCUGAGCGCCGAGGAGCUGGGAGGCAGAUGCGGAGCCAUCCGGGAGAAGCUGGGGCUCUUGGAAGAGGAGCUCCAUGAGGCCAUGGGCACUGGCGACCACAGCCUCGUCCCCGUUCUGGGCAGGGAGGUCCAGGCCGUCAAAGCGACGCUGCUGGCCCUGGUGGUCUGGCUCCAGCCGGGGGCCGAGGCGGGACGAGAAGAGGCCGUUGGACACUUGUGCCGGAACGGCUGGGACUCGAGCAACGCGGGCUGGACGGGGUGAGGGGUGGGGGGCCCGCCGCGGGGGCCUGAGAGGGGUCGGACCGACCGGCCGCCCCCGAGAACUACAGCCGGCUCUGCCCUCGUUCCCCCAGGACCCUGGGGUUCCUUAAUCUUGUAAUUAGAAAUCCUUGUUAAUAAAACCAUUUUACGAAGAA